UUAGAAAGCAGAUUUGAAGAGAAAUAUUUACACAGAGGAUUUCAUGGAUACCGUAUCGGAGUUUUUCUUUCCGCCGCCGUCUUCGCUGUUCGUGAACGUGAUGACGGUGGUGAGCUCGGCGGUGGUGGUGGUGGUCGGGCUAUCGGAAACGAGGGGGAAGAAUAUGAAGUAUUCCAAGUUCUGGAAUAAUACUAAUAAUGCUCCGAAAUCUUCUAAUUUAUCGGCUAGGUUAGGAAUGCUACUGGCUUAUAUGCCGGCGUUCCUCGUCGGCGUUGUAUUGUUAUGGUUGUUUCCGAAUGAGGAUCGGAGGAUUCUUCUGCUCAAGUCCGCUCUAAUCUUGCAUUUCUUCAAGAGAAACCUUGAGGUACUGUUUCUUCACAAAUACAGCAGCAAAAUGGUAAUUGAUACAGUAAUUACAAUCUCCCUCAGCUACUUCUCCUCCACAGCAAUCAUGAUAUACACUCAACACCUUUCACAAGGCCUUCCAGAGCCAUCCAUUGAUCUCAAAAAAAUUGGUAUUGCUUUGUAUCUAAUAGGAAUUACUGGGAACUUUUACCAUCAUUAUCUCUUGUCCAAAGCCAGAAAACAGGGAGAAACAAGCUACAAAAUUCCCAAAGGAGGCCUCUUCAGCUUUAUCAUUUGCCCUCACUAUCUCUUUGAAAUAAUUGAGUUCUUUGGAUUUGCUUUCAUUUCUCAAACAAUCUACUCAUUGUUCUUUGCCAUUGCCACUGCUUUGUAUUUGACUGGGAGAAGCUAUGCCACUAGGAAAUGGUAUGUCUCUAAAUUUGAGGACUUCCCUAGCCAUGUUAAAGCUCUUCUCCCUUUUCUAUUUUAGUCUUUUUAAUUGUUAAUUAUUUUGUGUUUUUAAAUUUGAAAAACAUUUGACAUUCUAGAUAAAUGUUUCCAUGAACUAUGCUCAACUUGGUUGGGUACACUUUUUCUUUAUUGUUUUCGUGUCAAUAUUACUUCUUUUCUUUGAAGAAUAUAGGGAUGAUAAUUUAUA